AUGACUAGCAACAUGACAGGCACCCACAAGCAGACAGAGGAAAUCCUUCGAACUUGGUUACAUAAUGUUGGAUUUGACCUUCAGCAGGCAGUCCGGCCAUUUCACACAAAACUUUACGCAGAGCUCGAAGAAUGGAUCCUUUCUAGGAAUCUCCAGGAGCACCAACUGAGUCGCAUCUGGAAGCUGUUGCCAACAUGUACUAGCGCCGCAGAUAAGUGGUAUCCGCAUGCUAGCCACCAGUUGAAACGAUAUAUUGCGCUUUACACCACUUUUCUUCUCUAUGUGGACGAUAAAGCAGAACAGGACCUUGAACAUAUCCUUGCCGAUCUUCGGAGAGUUUCAUCCGGUGCCCACAAAGGGCUCCACACUUUAAAGUGUGACGAUACUGUUAUUGAUAUGUGGUUGGAGCUCGUUGCUACUGAAACUGGAACGUAUGGCCCAUACUCAACUGGGGUCAUUACUAAAGGCCUAGUUGAUUUCAUGCUGGGGAAUAUAGUCGAAGCAGAUGUUGCUGUAGCCCUGAAGCUUCCAGCAAAAUUUGGACGAAGAGCAUCCAAAUUUGUACGCGACAAGACCGGGGCUGGGGAAGUUUACGCCCAUUUCAUAUUUCCUGAGCGCCUUGCAGAAGAAAAUGGGCACUUGCCGACCUAUGUCCCCUUUAUUGCAUGUAUGCUGGACAUCAUUGACGAUGUGAACGAUAUCCUAUCAUUCUUUAAGGAGUCCGUGGUUGGAACUGAGAUCAAUACGAAUAUCAUGAACAGAGCUCGUACCUCAUGUUACAGCCCUCAUGAUAUACUACAGCAAAUUUGCAGGGAAACAGCCGAGACCAUGUAUGUUGUCAGUACCGCAUUUGGAGAACAAGAUGUUGCCGGGAAACUUUGGAAGGAUUUUAUUAAUGGCUAUAUUAUAUGGCACAUUUGUGAGGACCGAUAUCGGCUGAAAGAAAUUGGGCUCACGAUGUGA